AUGUUCUCAUCCAGGCUCUUCACCUUGGUCCCGGUUGUGAAACGACAGGGAGUUCUCCUCGGAUAUCAAAAACGUGGCUUCGGAGCUGGACGAUGGAAUGGCUUCGGGGGAGAGGUGCAAGACGGGGAGACCAUCGAGGAAGGAGCCAAGAGGGAAGAGAGUGGGCUGACAGUGGACACCUUACAGAAGAUAGGUCACAUCACAUUUGAAUUCCUUGGCAACUCUGAGCUAAUGGAUGUCCGUGUCUUCCGCACAGAUAGUUUCCGUGGAAAUCCAACUGAGAGUGACGAAAUGCGUCCUCAGUGGUUCAAACUGGAUCAGGUGCCCGUCAACGAAAUGUGGCCAGAUGGCAUCUACUGGUUUCCGCUACUGCUCCAAAAGAAGAAGUUCCGGGGAUACUUUAAGUUUCAAGGGCAGGAUGUCAUCCUGGAAUACACCCUGAAUGAAGUGGAAACGGUCUAA